AUGACCGCUGCGACUCAACCAGCAAGGAUGAAUUUUUAUAAUAAGCUAAGCCGCCAUAUCUCCUCCCCUCGAUUCUGCAUCUUCUUCUUCUGUAUCACCGGAAUUAUCCUCGACAUCUUCUUCAAAUACAAUCCGAAUCUUCCAUGGACUCAUCUCUUAACUGGAACAAGUCCAUCUUUCGAACUCUUUGUAAUCGGUGGUCUCUUGAUGAACUCUCCAGCUGGCAAUCGAUUUGCUCUCAUUGUUUGUAAACUUGAUGUCAUUCUCGGCGUUUUGUGUCUUCUGACUCUUCCAGUCAUUUCUGUCGCUGAAAAUACCACUGGCUAUUAUCUUCACAUGCCGUUCGUCUCAUCAUUCCACUCCAGUUUUGCAUUCCAAGUCACUUCAACCAUGGAAUUUUUCUAUGUCGCUUUGAUUCUUGGUUUCGUUUCGACUAUCCUCAUUCUUCUCUUCUUGGCUUUCGACACCGCAAAACUUCUUCUGCUCCGCAAACUUGUUUCUCACGACAUGACAGUCGCUCAAAAGUUGAAGCAGGUCCAACAAGUUUAA